UGCGUAAUGAGGCUCGCUGUUACGUCUCCGCCCGCCCCUAGAUUACACUCCUACUUGAGUUUCCUUGUGGCGAUAGUCUCCAUAAUUUCACAUCGGGAGAUUGGGAUAAGAUCUCGACAAGAGAAGAUAGACUACUGGGUGUAUGGCGGUUUGAUUUCGCCGUACAGACCGGGGACGCAAAUGGUGUUCAUUUCAGCCGUAAAUCACAUGGACUAGGAGGUAUUUUUCUAAGUACGUAUCAGCGGUAUCUACUUGCGGAAGAUGGAAAGUGCGCGGACUGUUGUGUCGGCCGUCAGGUUGGCAGAGGGCAGCUCCAAGGCGCUAGGCGCAACGAAAUCUAGCUUGGACGCGGGUGGUGCGAAGUUAAAGAAACCAACUGGACUGGCUAUCGCUCUCAGAUCUGUUGUGGAUGAUGGCGGUGGUGAGUCCAAGACGGAGAGCGUGGGACAAUUGGGUGCCGCUCGCGUGGAUGUAACAUUACGCAAAGGGAGUAAACAACCGCAGGCAGCUGCAGAGACAUUCGUCGCGAAUAAAACUACUGUCAGAACUUCAAAAAAUGGCCGCGGUUUAACCAGCAAUUCAAAUUCGCUGCUUUUAAAAAGGAGGCGACUGAAGAGGAAUCUCUCCGCUGCAGCAACCACCGCUGCCACCUCAGCUGUCUCUGCCGGGGGUGGAAAGAUGAACUCAGCCUCCUCUUCGUCGUCUUUGCACACACGAAGCCUUGAUAGGAAGACUUUGCUUCGACAUCGACAGAACAUGCAAUUGCAGCCAUCAGAUAGACAGUGGGUGCGAGCAGAUCUACAUAGGGGGUCCAUACAAGUCCACGACAAACUCACGCCUUCAUAUCCCAGGCCGGUGUUGUGUACAUUGGAAACUACCGCCGGGGAAAUAGCUAGUCGCCUGAGUCAGCUAAGUAGUAAGUCAGGUUCUGUUGUACGCCUGGUGGGUAAAACCUAUCCAACGACCGAUCUUAAUGGCAAUUGCAAUGGCAAGUAUAACUUCAACCACCCGCUGUGUAAACAUAAUGAAAAUGGCAGCUCGGGGUACAAUCAUUUGAGUUCCCCUAGACGCUCCGAAUACAGAGGCCGGCAGGCGGAUCAGCCAGGUGACAGAUUGAGACUCCUGCUCUUAGAUAAGGAUGAUGGGCACAGACCUGAAUUUGAUAUCACUCUGUACUCGUCUGAUACUCAAUCAGACGACAAUAUCCUACAUCACUCCUUGGCAGAUUUUAAUUCUAAUAUAAACGCGGACACGCCGAAUGAUGACGACUCGGAAAGAAGAUUCAAUGGGAAUGACAUCUGUAGAAGAAACUCUGGCUCAGACGUCGAGAGCAGUGCGUUCGAUGACCUUAGUUCUGGGGCCCGGCUCAGCGAGCAUCGGGACUCCCUAAGCGAUGACAUGAUCCUGGGCACAGAUGCGUCUGCUUUGAGCCCCACGUUUGACAGCGCCACAGAGGGCCUCGACACAUAUGGCAGUUCGUCUGAUGAAUUGGAGCACGACUGUCCAUCGUCAAUCACAGCCCCUGACUCGUGCCCUCAAGAUCUUAGUAAAUACCCAAAUGGUAAAAACAACAGCGGCAACAGUGGGAUAUUUGGCGAGCACUUAAACGACAGGUCAGGAGAUACUGAGACCGACAGCAGGCUUGAACCACAGUUUCUGGGCAGUAUGCCACCCAGCAGUAGCUCUAGUUCUUUGUCCAGGGCCUGUUCUACAGGUAAUACAACCGACACACAAGACCCCGACUGCCACCCUGGCAGUGAGGAAACUCGGCCGGCGUCAGAAAACGACGCCACCCCGGCCCUUUACGUUCAGCUGCACGGCGAGGCUGCCAGGAGACUGGGCCGAGACGAGAGGCCUCUGCAAAUCCAGAACGACUUUCUCUUCAAGUUGGGAUUUAAGGACCCGUGGCGAGUUCAAGAAGAGGGCAUGAACACCGAGUUAGGCUCCUUGCUACGGUUCUACGCAGGAAAGCCCCACAGCAUCGAGAGCUCGGAGCGUGUGCAGCUCUCUGGGACGUAUAAUGUGCGCAAGGGGAAGCUGCAGCUGCCGGUGAACCGCUGGAGCCGCCGGCAGGUCAUCCUCUGCGGCACCUGCCUCAUGGUGUCCUCCGUCAAGGCCAGCAGCACCGGCAAGAUGCACAUACUACCCCUCAUCGGAGGAAAGGUGGAGGAGGUGAAGAAACACAACCACUGUUUGGCCUUCAGCUCGGCGGGCCCCCAGAGCCAGACCUACUACAUCAGCUUUGACAGCUUCACCGAGCACCUACGCUGGCAUAGACAUGCAGCCAAGAUGGUGUCUCAGAGGAUCAGCUCAGUGGACCUGUCCUGCUGCAGUCUGGAGAAGCUGCCCCCCAACCUGCUUUAUAGCCAGGAUCUCACCCACCUCAACCUCAAACACAACUUCUUGCCGGCAGACCACACAUUACAGCAGCUGCAGAGGUUCACUCGAUUACGGAGUCUCAACCUCUCCAACAACCACCUAGGCUCCUUCCCUCUGCCAAUCUGCUCCAUCUCCACCCUGACCGAGGUCAACCUCAGCUGCAACCACCUCACGUCCGUCCACAGCGCCGUGGGCGACAUGCACAGUUUGCAGACCUUCCUGUUGGACGGGAACCUGCUGUCAUCUCUGCCCAGCGAGCUGAGCUCUCUGCAGCGGCUCACCUACCUGGGCCUGUCCUUCAACGAGUUCCGGCAGGUUCCGGUGGUGCUGGAGCAGCUGGGCUCGGUGGAGCGCCUCUGCAUGGCCGGCAACAACCUAAGCCAGCUCCCCCUACAGGCCUUCCGGCUGCUGCGCAUCAAAUACGUCGACCUGAGGCUGAACAAGAUCUCCAGGCUGGUUCCGGACGAGCCAGACUUCCUGCGGCACGUGAUCCAGCUGGACUUGCGGGACAACGGGCUGACGGAGCUGGACGCCUCCCUGUUCCCGCGGCUGGAGGUGCUGCACUGCGAGAGGAACCGCCUCAGCAGCCUGCGCGUCAAAGGCGUCCAGCUCAAGGGCCUCUAUGCAGCCCAUAACGAGCUGCGCGAGCUGGAGAUCAGCCCGGCUGCAACCAAUCUUACCUACAUGGACAUCUCCAGGAACUGCAUGGAGAGCUUGCCCGAGUGGUUGUGUGAGAGUAAGAAACUGGAGGUCCUGGACAUCAGCCACAACCACAUCAAAGAGCUGCCCCCUUGGUUGUUGUGUAGUGGCAGUCUGAGGAAGCUGCUGACGGGUCACAACCAGCUGCAGAGGCUGCCUGAGCGCGUGGAGCGCCCCCUACUGGAGGUGCUGGAUGUGCAGCACAACCAGCUGCAGGAGCUGCCCUGCAACCUUUUCCUCAAGUCUGACAGUUUAAGGUGCCUGAAUGCGUCAGCCAAUAAGCUGGAGAGCCUGCCCCCCUCCAGCCUAUCGGAGGAGAGCCGCAGCAUCUUGCAGGAGCUCUACCUCACCAACAACCACCUGACCGACAAGUGUGUGCCUCUGCUCACCGGCCACACACACCUACGAGUGCUGCACAUGGCGUUCAACCACCUGCAGACCUUCCCCGCCAGUAAAAUGGCCAAACUGGAAGAGCUGGAGGAGGUGGACCUGAGUGGGAACAGGCUGAAGGCCGUGCCCACUACCAUCAUGAACUGCCGGCGCAUGCACACACUCAUCGCCCACUCCAACAGCAUCGAGGUCUUCCCUGAAGUCAUGCAGCUCAUAGACAUGAAGUGUGUGGAUCUGAGCUGUAAUGAGCUGAGUGAGAUCACCCUUCCUGAGAAUCUGCCUCCCAAACUCCAAGAGCUUGACCUGACGGGCAACCCCCGCCUCAACCUUGACCACAAGACUCUGGAGCAACUCAACAACAUCCGGUGUUUCCGUAUCGACCCGCCCCCUACCACCUUUUCAGCCAAUGAGGCUUCAGGGGGGCCGGCUGUUUGGAGCCAUGGAUACACAGAAGCAUCAGGAGUCAAAAACAAGCUGUGUGUGGCGGCGUUGUCAGUGAACAGCUUCUGUGGCAACCGGGAGGCGCUGUACGGGGUGUUCGACGGGGACCGGAACGUGGAGGUGCCCUACCUGCUGCAGUGCACCAUGAACGACAUCCUGGCCGAGGAGCUGCACAAGACCAAGAGCGAGGAGGACUACAUGACCAACACCUUCCUGGUCAUGCAGAGGAAACUGGGCACGGCGGGCCAGAAGCUGGGUGGCUCGGCGGCUCUUUGCCACAUUCGGCACGACCCCACUGACCCGGCCGGCUGCUUCACGCUCACCGCCGCCAACGUGGGCAAGUGCCAGGCCAUCCUGUGCCGCGACGGCAAGCCCCUGGCCCUCUCCCUCCUACACAACAUCAGUAUGCCCGAAGAGUACAACCGCAUCCGCCAGAACAAGGCCAUCAUCACAGAGGACAACAAGGUGAACGGUGUGACGGACUCCACGCGCAUCAUGGGCUACUCCUUCCUGUACCCGUCGGUGUUGCCGCGGCCUCACGUGCACACGCUGCCGCUCACGCCGCAGGACGAGUUCUUCGUGCUGGGCAGCCGGGGCCUGUGGGACACCAUGGAGCCGGCCGAAGCCGUGGAGGCCGUCCGCAACGUGCCGGACGCGCUGGCCGCCGCCAAGAAGCUGUGCACGCUGGCGCAGGGCUACGGCUGCACCGACAGCCUGAGCGCCGUGGUGGUGCGGCUGAGCAUCAGCGAGGACUGCUGCUGCUGCUGCUGCUCCGCCGUGCUGCCCCACCCCCAGCCGCCCCCCAGCCCGGGCCUCUACCCACCGGGCGCGGGCGGCCACGUCAUGCCCCAGCCGUCCUCGGGCAGCGAGCUGAGCAGCGAGGUGAGCACGUCGGAGAUGAGCUCGGAGGUGGGCUCCACCGCCUCAUCGGACGAGCCGCCGUUGUCGCUGCUGCUGCCCGACGCCCACCUGCUGCCGCCACACCUGCAGCCGGGCGGGGCGCUGCACCUGCCCGGGCACGGCCACGGCGCCAUAGGAGGAGGAGGAGGAAGCCAGGCGCGGUCCGAGCUGCUGGCGCCUCCGCGGGGCGUCUGCGCGCUGCACCCGACCUGCCUGCCUGCAGCCUUCCAGCGGCAACUCUCCAGCACCACCUUCUGCAGUGCCGCCGCGCUCUCUGACAACGCGCUGGACAGCGAGGACGAGGAGCCCAUCGCCGGUGUCUUCUCCAACGGCAGCCGCGUGGAGGUGGAGGCCGACGUGCACUGCCGCAGCCAUGGCAGCCCCACGGCUAAUGCUAACGCUAGCCCUGUUAACGCCGCUGCUGCUGCUGCUGCUGAUGAGGAUGAUGAGGAUGAUGAGGAGGAGGAGGAGGAUGAUGAUGAUGAUGAUGAUGAUGAUGAUUCUGCUGAUGCUUCUGUCACUGAAGAGCCCACCAUAGCUGCCCCUGACUGCUCGUCCACCACCGCAGACACCGGAGCACCAGAGGUGCCUUGCACACAGCCCUGGGGCCAGGAGACAGUCGUCACGGAGAUUGCUGCUACCGCCACCUUAGCUGUCCCUCCACCCUCUGGCCCGGAGGUACUAGAGGAGGCAUCCGAAAUCACAGCACAGGGGGAGGCGGAGAACGGCACAGAGAGGGAGCAGGAAAGUAGCCAGGCCAGAGUGGUGACAGCAGCGGCGGCGGCAUCUGCAGCAGCAGCGAUGGAGAGAGAGAGAGGAGGAGGACCGGUUGUGGCUGCAGCAGGAGGAGGAGGAGGAGGGGCGGAGCAUGUGAAGACGCUGGGCCGUCGGCGGGGCAACGGCUCGGUGGCGCCACAGGAGCGCAGCCACAACCUGAUCGAAGUGGCAGCCGAGGCGCCGUGCCGCAAGCAGGGGGGCUACUUCACGGCCCCCGCCCAGCCCGACCCCGACGACCAGUUCAUCAUCCCGCCCGAGCUGGAGGAGGAGGUGAAGGAGAUCAUGAAGCAGCACCAGCAGGAGCAGCAGAGGCCCGCCGGCAGCGAGCAGCCCAGCGACUACUACGACACGCCACUCUGACUCUCGCACAGACACACACACACACACACACACACACACACGCAGACACAGCAUGGUGAGCUGUGUAAAACACAUGCUUUACACCGUUGUGAGAUGUGAAAUGCACACACUGAUGAGCUCAUACUUACUGUUAUAACACACUCACACACUGAGCACUUUUUUCCCUUGCAUUCAUGCGCACGCCUCAAACUGCUGGCUCACACACACACACACACAGAUCUAAAGUGUUACACCAGCACGCUGAAAUCUUACACACAAAAACACACAUAUGCAUUGAUUUAGCAAUCAAGUUGCAUUUAGUACCACUUUGAAAGAUAUUGUGCACAACCAAACAUUCCACAAGAAAGGAAACACACUCACACACACACACACACACACACACACACACACACACACACACACACUAGAUCAGCCAGGACACUGCGCCCCUCUAAACUCUUUGAGUCCACAGAAAGACCACAGCACUGGAGAACCUCGCAAGCAAGCAGCCAAUUAGAUGCAAGAGUCCACUUCCUUUGAAGUGAAGAGGGGAGUACACGAAGAGAAGCGAAAACCCUUUAAAAGACUACAAGCCCCAGAGUGACCUGCACACUGCUGUGCCUCACCCUUUAAACGGAUAGAGCAGCUCACUACUGACCACAUCACAUGACUGUCACCACCUAUUUCCACCGGCCGACAGAUAUCUCUACCAGUCAACACUAGACUCCCUUCACCAGGCUUUCCUUUUUAUUUUAAUUUUAAUUUUUUUAUCGUUUCGUUCUUCUUUUUUUUUUAUCAACCAUAUCGUUCAACACGAGGAAAGCAGACUGACUUUUAACAGCAAAAAAGAAAAAAGAAAAAAAAAACAGAAGAAACAGGAAUAAAAAAUCUACAGAAUCUUUUUAUGAUGCAUAAAAUUGUGUUUGUAUGGUACACGUCUGUAAUACCACGCUUAACUGUUGCAGAUAGGGCACUUAAAUGAUACUGUAUUUCAGUAAAUUCUGGCUUUGGGCCUGUAAAAAGAACAUAGAAAUUUAGUAGAAAUUUGAAAGACUAACUCCUAGGAGUUGUUUACUCUUUAUGGUGACCUAGUCACUUCUUACUAAUCUUCUCUGAGAGAAAUGGUGAUUUUUUUCCAAUGAUUGUAAAUAAGACAUUGUAUACUGAUGCUUUUUAAAGGAACUGUGUGCGUCCGUGACAAGCCUCACCCUUUCUUGUAUGCGUUCAGUCUCACACACAGCCACAUGUUAAACUGACACUACAUUCACACACACACAGACACACACACACACACACACACACACACACACACAGAGACACACAUUCAUGCACCGCCAAAUGGCAUGUAGACAUCUGGUUCAGUUGGGUCCCUACCACUGACCUUCCUCUCACACACACACACACACACACACACAAGGAAACAGUUUCAUCUCUCCUCAUUCUCUUGUCACCAGCAUGACUGUGUCAAGUCCAGUAAUGCAAACCAGUUGAUCUUUAAGGAAUUGUACUCAAGCAUACCACACAAAAAGUUCCUGUAUUUGUUAUAAUAAAUUCUAAAUUUAUGAUGAUAA